AUGAGGGUGAAUGACAGCCAGUGCAUUCCAGAGAAAAUGAAAUAUGUUUUUCCGAAUGUGUACGAAUACACGAACGAUUUAAUGCAGAACGAAAGUAAGCGAGUGGACGAAUUCUUUCAGUUAGCCGUCUACAAUCCGUGCUUGAAAGCGCAACGUUUCACGGUAGGCGACGGUUAUCAAAACGUGAAACUUUCGAUUUUUUCCAUUUUAACGCACACGCUUAGUGAUGAAAAUAAUAUUUAUCAUCAUAGCCUUUAUUUAUCUUCAUUUUUCAGCCUUUUUGGAUAUUUUUGUUUUAUGUCGGGUUACUUCUGGCUCAGUACCAUGAGCUUUAAUAUGUGGCGGACGUUCAGAGAUUUCUCUUCGUUACAAAGAAACGUCAGACAAUCAGGAAAAAAAAAGUUGGUGCAUUAUGCUAUUUUUGCGUACGGAUGUCCAUUUGUACUUGCUAUUGUUUGUGUUAUCGUAGUGGAUUUUGUUUCCGAUUUAAUGCCAAAAAUUUUGAGACCAGAAUUCGAAAUGGGAUUUUGUUGGUACUUUACGAAACAUUUGGAAGCGUUUAUAUUGUAUUUUCAUUGGAUCACAACUGUCUGUAUUAUUAGUAGCAUUUGCUUAUCUAUUUCUGCGGCAAGGAACAUCAAACGUUACGAAAAGGAUGCAAACUUCAGGCUACUAGAUUCGGAAAGUAAGCAGUAUAAUGACAAUAAGAAAUGGUAUGUAUACUCACAUUUUUGCAUCAGUCUAUGAUAAUAUUGUGUUAAUGAGAUUUAUGCAGAUAUAUUUUUGCCAAUACUUCUGCCGACAACAUCACACUUGCUUAAUUCGCAUUUCUGGUAAAAGAUAAUUAAUUGUAAAGAGAUAAUUAAUU